AUGACCCCGCUACACAAGGCAGCCAACGGAGGCCACGCCGAGGUCGUCCGGCAGAUGCUCGCCGCCGCGGGCAUCGAUGUUGACGGCUCGAACGUGAACGGUUGGACCCAGCUGCACGAAGCAGCCGGCGAAGGCCACGCAGAGGUCGUCGAGCAGCUGCUCGCCGCCCAGGGCAUCGACGCGAGCGCCAAGUCCAAUGACGGCUUGACCCCGCUGUACCAGGCAGCCCUCAUAGGCCACGCCGAGGUCGUCUGGCAGCUGCUCGCCGCCCCGGGCAUCGACGCGAAGGCCAAGGCCGAGGGCAGGUUCGGCAUGACCUCGCUGCACUUUGCAGCCAACGGAGGCCACGCCGAGGUCGUCUCGUAG